AUGUCAGGGAACCCAGGAAGCUCGCUGAGCGCAUUGAGACCUACUCCACCCGAGAGAGGUUCGUUCCCGCUAGACCACGACGGCGAAUGCACCAAGUACAUGCAAGAGUAUCUCAAAUGUAUGCAGCUUGUGCAGAACGAAAAUGCAAUGAAUUGUAGACUACUGGCAAAGGACUACCUGCGGUGCAGGAUGGACCACCAAUUGAUGGACUACGAUGAAUGGUCACAUUUAGGUCUUCCUGAGGAUGCUCCAGGCAACAACGGUAAAACCAUAAAAGACGCCACCGAUAAUAAAUAG